AUGUUACCAUCAGAAUUAUUAAAGAAUGAUGGAAAUGGUGAAAAUAAAUUUACAAAAGCAUUAUAUGAAAAUAAUAAAGUUAUUUAUAUUGCUCAACUUAAAGAUGAAACUAAAAAUGUUGAUUUACAAUUUUGUCCUAGAGUUUCAGCCUAUGUAUUAAAAUAUCCUAAAAGAACGUAUUGGUUAAAAUGCCAUCAAUCAAAAGCUAAAGAAAUAAAAGAUUAUUAA